ACAGGUUUCAAUCAAUCAAAUAAUGACCAAAGGCUUAAACAAAUUAGAUCAUCUCAAUGAACUAUUGUUAUGUCAAUAUUUAGGUUUUAAACUCACAAGGCAGGAAUUAGCUGUUUUUUGGGUUUGUUGAACAAAAACUGGACUCUGCUAUGGAAACCAAGUAAACAUGUAAACACAAAAUGGGUUCAACAAGGAAAACUGUCUGGGAUCUUGGAAUUGAGCUGGGACAUAAUCGAAGCCAAACAGUAGCUAAACGAAGCCUACUUUUCCUUGGGUCAAAACAAUCAGGCAAAACAAGCAUCAUUCAUCGUUUUCUGGACAAAAAAGAUGAACCAAAACCAACAUUGGCCUUAGACUAUUCAUACACGCGAUCAGAUCAAUCUGAGAAUCAACAAUGUGAUGUUUGGGAAUUAGGAGAAGCAACUUAUCUCCUCAAAUUAUUACCAUUUGUACUGAAAGAAGAACAAUUAAAAUCAAUGGCUAUUAUUUUGGUUCUAGAUUUAAGCAAACCCCAUGAGCUGGUUCCUAUUACGGAAUGCCUUCUAAACACAAUAUCAAUGAGAAUCUCGCCGUUUAUGAAGAAACAUUCAGAGGAUCGUCGUUCAUCAAUUAGCAAAAAUAAAUCUGAACGCCGAAGUAGCAUGAUAAAGAAGCUUCUUCCUGAUAUAACAAUUCCCAUAAUUAUCAUGGCAAACAAAUACGAUCUUUUACAAGAGAUGGAACCAGAAGAUCUUAAAUUAAUCAGUAAAUAUCUUUGCAGCCUUUGUCAAUCACAAGGCUGUUCAUUGAUAUAUACAAGUAUCAAAAGAGAUCAAUUAGUCAGCAGGAUAAGAUUGCUAUUGAAAAAGCAUGGUUUCAAUGAACAAACUGAAUUCCCUGAAGCUCGGUUUGAUUAUACAAAACCCAUUUGGAUGCCGAGUGAAUCCGAUCCUUCCAACUUAUUAGAUGGUGAUUCAUUGGAAAUGUUGAAAAACAUGAUGAUUAAAAGGUGGAAGCCAAUUGAAAUUGAACUGAAAUUACCAGAUGACCCAGCUAAAGAUGAUAAUUUUAAGGAGCGAGAUAUUGACAUAAUAAGAUCACAAAGAUAUCAGGAGCUUGAAAAUUAUCGUCACCAUAUGGAUCAUAAAACUGAUUAGCUUUGACACAAAAAUUAAAUAAAUUGCUAUUUAUUGUGGA